CCUUUCCAGUAUUAGACCAUGCAGUCAUCAACUCAAGAGACACACUGAAAGGACAAACGUAUGCAUGUAUUUUCCCAACAGAAGGAGUCGUGAUGCUGGUUUACCUUCUUUUUCUGCUCCUCAUCUCUGAUGAAUUUCAGUGUGAGCAAAACUGCAGUUAUCAAGAUGUUUUGAACCAUUUGAACCUGUCAAGUAACAACGAUCUGUACUCCAUGACCCGGCCAGUUAGAAACUAUAAAAAUCCCACACAAGUAUCACUGGAAGUUUUGCUCUAUGCCAUCCUAGACGUGGUUGAGAAAGACCAGAAAUUUAUUCCUUAUGUGUGGACUGUCACAAGGUGGAAGAAUGAAUACAUUUCUUGGGAUCCCAAUCAGUUUUGUGGAAUUGAUAAUGUUUCUCUACCUACUGACAUUUUAUGGAAACCAGAUCUUACGAUUGAAGAAAUGACAGAGAAAGAUAAAGCCCCCCCAAGUCCAUACCUCACCAUCAACAACGAAGGAUAUGUUGAAGUCCAAAAUGACCAGGUGUUAGUGAGCACCUGCAGGAUGCAUAUAUACAAAUUUCCUUUUGACAUUCAGAGAUGUAACCUCACCUUCAAAUCCAUUAUACACACAGCCAAGGAAAUCCGUCUGCAACCGAGUGACAACUCUUCAGAGGCCACAGAGUGGUCUCGGGAGCUGAUGCGAACCCAGUAUGAGUGGCUGUUCAUCAACAUGACAGUCACUGCUAACAACGCCAGUGUUUUAACUGAUCAAGACAUUGUCAUUUAUACUAUCACAAUGAAGAGGAGGUCUCUGCUGUACAUUGUCAACUUCCUGCUCCCAGUUCUCUUCUUCUUGUGCCUGGACUUGGCCUCCUUCAUUAUCUCAGACUAUGGCGGAGAGAAACUCAGCUUCAAAGUCACUGUGCUGCUUGCUGUUACGGUGUUACAGCUCAUUCUCAAUGAUAUUCUGCCUUCCUCCUCUAACAGGGUUCCACUCAUUGCCGCCUACUGCAUUGGGGUGUUUGCUCUGAUGAUGCUCAGCCUUCUGGAGACGAUUGUUGUGAUGUAUCUGAGAGAGAAAGACUCCCAAGAGACAAUCAGAGAUGGAUGCAUGAUGCAGGAAUCUGUCAAGUCCAACAAAGACACACAUGAUUGGACUCAAGGCGGUUUUAUCUACAAUAUGUCUUCAAGUGAAACUGGUGAGAGCCUGCCUAGUGCCAAAGAGGACAGAAGCAGCAAAGUGCUAGGGGACUGUUACACCCUGGAGAGGCUUUCAGAUGAGCUAAAAGCGAUGGAGAAGACAUUAACUCUGCUUUUCAAGUCCAAGAAAGAAGAAGAGACAUCUGGCUAUUGGAACAGAGUGGCUCUGAGAGUCGACAAAGUUUUCUUUUUGUUCUAUCUCAUAGUGGUCUUUGUGUUCCUGAUUUUAAUUUUCAUAGAGUGGCAAAAUGAUUAGAGCUCAUAUCAACCUCAGCAUUUAUCUGAACCGCAAGGGAGAAAAAGUGAAAAAAACGCAUCCCAAUUCAGUUGAAUUUAUCAUAGCCUUAUAUAUUUGUUCUAUACCAAAGUGUACUGAUAUGCAAUACCCCUUAUUCAGAAGUUGGUUAGCUAUAUAAACCAACCUAUUUACUUUGAUUUAGUGGUGCCAUCAAUAAGAGGUAGAAAACAAUUUUGCUAAUUGCCCUGAUGCAUCUCAAUAACCCAGGUAGAUCAAUUAAAUGUAAAAUGAUAAAAAUUUAGUAAGUACUUUGGAUGGUUCAUUUUAAUAAUUUCAAACAACUUUUAAAUUUUUAACACAUAAACACGACACUUUCAAGAAUCUGGAAAUUCUACGCAAAGAUGAAAUAGAAUAGCAGAGGUCCACGGUUCUCUUCCUGAUAUCUUGCCUGAUUUCUUUAGAUUUUUUGUUUCAUGAUGUCACACAAGGCAGCAGAGUGCCUCAAUUUACUUAAAUGUUGUGGAUUAACCAAUCGGACGCCCACAUCAUCACCUGGGCUUUCCAGAAUUGCUUAAAGGUAUAGUACUUUUAGCGUAUGUAAGCUUCUUGAAGGUGCAUAGUGCAAGUUUUGAAGUUAAGUGUUCAUUUUCUUUCCCAUAUAUACCCUUACAAUUGACUGACGUGUAUAGUUAGUUAUCUUCUAUUUAACACAGUUGCCUCUGUAGGCUGCAUUAUUCAGUUCAUGAGAGGGUGAUUUGGGCUGAAUUCUCUGGGUGUGCAUGUGGGUAUGACGCGCUGCACGCUCUCAUUCACCUGGAUACUUUGCUGAGUUGCCGGCAUAAUCAAUGCAUUAGUGAGAGAACAUGGGCUAGCUUUAAUAUUUACCUUCUUACCUCAGAAGACAUUAUGCCUCUAAAAACCUACCUGCGCAGUUGCAGCGGCAGCGCUUGUGUCAUUACAAUUUGACGCACGAGGGGAUUUUACGUUACGUUCCUUUAAGUAGAUUAAUAUAAUAUGAAUUAUAUACGUUCUCUAAAAUAACUCUUUCAUUAUUCUGGCAUUUCUCUUGUAGAAAUAAUUUUUUUGCUUUUGACCAAAAACAGGAAAAUGAAUUUUCAUGCAAUUGUGAUGGAUGCUGAAAUCUGUUGGCUCCAAUACAUUUUCAAACUAUAGUGUAUUAAACAUGUGAUUGUUUGGUGUUUGAAAAAAACAAUGUUGUAGCAUUGCCUCGUUACAUAUCUGACAUAGCUAAUACUCUAACAUCAGUAGUUAUAUCUAGCCACAACAGGCUGACACUAAUGUUCAAUAAAUCAUUCAUAGCAAUUUAGAAAUGUUAUUGUUUGCAAUGCUGUAUUUCUCUCUAUCUUCUGAGUCAUUUAGCUGAUAAUUACUUGACGACUUGGGAACACUCUCAGACUGUUUGUAGAUCUGAAGUUAAUAAACUCCAAAUCUAAGAUGUUCAUGGGUUUCGUAAAUACUGAAAGAGAGUUCUGUAGCUAGUAUUGUUACACUAAAUUUAGAUGCUACACACCUUGUCAAGUAUAGGUUUUGAACUAAGAUGGAUGAAGCA